CUCACAGAUGCCGCCUCUGGUUUAUCCCAAAGGUGGAGCUUUUACUCCCGAAUCACGUGAAACACUACACUACACUGAGAGCCCACGCUGGGAGCCGGAGGACAUGCUUAUUCCUCUUUUAAAACAUAGGAUGAAAUGUAUUGUUAGUCCCUGCUAUCCCAUUAUAUUAGUAUACAACCAUGUCCACUGUUAGUUAUUAAUAGCACGCAAAACUUGAUAGUAAAAACAGUAAUAGUAGGUUAUAUAUUUUAGGUUAUAUGGGUUGAAGACCAGGUACAAUCAGUGGUUAAUGGUGGUUAUUAUUAUAAUCCAUUAAUAGGACCACAUUUUGGAUGCCAGGCUGUGGAAACUCACUCUUCCAGCAUUGCUUCUGCUUUGUGUUUUUAUUUAUUUAAUUUAACAGGAAGACCAAUGGACCAGUUCACUUCUGGAAGAGCUUUGCAGAGCCUCUGGACCCACAUAGCCUAGCCUACAUGAUGACUUAUUUACAUUCAUAAAUGAAAAAGAAAGUGGUACCAAAAGUUCCAGAGACCUCUUAAAGGGGCAAUGGCACACUUUUCAGACAUUUCCUGUGUUUGUUUAUUUGUGAAGAUUAAAAAAAAAAAACAGUGAGAAAAUCACAUUUUUUCCUGCCACAGGGGUGUGAAAUCAGCUGCUGCUGCAUGGAGAAAUAGUAGUGUGCAAAGUGUGCAAAGUGUACUCACUUUGUGCAGCUGUACAAGGACAAUUUAAUUUCAUACACACAUUCAAAAACAGUUGAGGAGAUUAAUAUCCCAAUUGCAUUCAGGAUUUUUAAACAAAACUAAGUACAUAACAGUCAGUGUCUCUUUAGUCACAUUCUGCAACAACAAAAAAAGCACAAACUGAGCUGCACUAGAGCACAGGAAUAACACUGGUGAGAUGAUAAAAUGAGUGGCAUUCCCCUUAAAGUGAUCCUACAGUAUAGAGAGUAAUUCAGGUCAUAAGUAGGACUCUGAGCUUUAACUCGUGGCUCUUCAGGGAUUUCCAGUUUCUCUGUCAAUCUGACAGUAGAUCAUAGUCCACUUUCUGUCAGAAGAAGCUCCUUGGGAGGGCCUGUCGUGAGAAGAAUACGCCUCCAUCUCAGUGGGACUAGGCUAUAUGAUGAAGGCUCCUUGACGGAUAAACAAAAUGGGAUCCUGGGAAACAACUGGCUGGCUAUACGCUCCCUGCCCGGGCAGAAAUCUGGCAUCCGCACCAACGAGGUCCUUUUCAUCAACCUUGCUGUCUCCAACCUCAUCACCAACUACCUGGUGGACCUGCCUGACACCAUGGCAGAUUUCGCUGGACGCUGGUUCCUGGGGGAAACCUUCUGUGGCGUGUUUCGUUUCUGUGCUGACCUAUCUGAAACCAGCAGCAUCUAUACAACCUUCUUCAUCAGUGCUUUCUGGCACCAGAAGCUUGUUGGCUCCCUGAAACGAGGAGGUGCACCGGUGCGGCUGGAUAGCCUGCGCUUGGUGGGUUGUCUGCUGGCUGGGAGCUGGAUGGUGGCUGUGGUUUUCAGUAUCCCACACUUCUUCUUUGUCACAGUGGAAGGGGGAAAUGAGAGCUACGAUGACUGUGUAGAAGUCUUCCCUAACGCAGUCGCCAGGCAAACCUAUGAGAUCUUUUAUUUAACCCUGGCUAACGCUCUCCCUGUUGCUGGAAUUGUAUUUGCCAGUGUUCAGAUUGUCAUCACUCUGCUCCAAAACCAGCAACGCAUACAGAGUCAUAAUACUGACGCUACCAAGGAGAUGGUUAAGGAUGAAAACAAGAGCACUGAAAACAGAAAUGAGAAGUCAGUCAGUGCUGUUAAUGGUCCAGACCCCUCAAAAGAUCAGAAAGAUUCUGCAUCCCCAACCCCUGUUUAUAUAGGUGUGCCUGCGUCUUCCUGUCCAAACGGAGAGCUGCUGGGUCACAGCUCCAACAGCUCUCCCCUCAACAGUGAAACGAACACAGACAGCAGAGUUGGAGCUCCACCAAAUGUUUCAAGGCCCAGCCAGAUGCCAGCUAAGCCGAGUCCAGGCUCAAGCUCUCAGGUGAGGGCAGCCAAGAGCGUGGUGGCUGUAGCCAGCGUGUUCCUGGUUUGCUGGCUGACUCAUCUGCUUCUGCGCAUCACUAACAACAUCCACACCUCGUCGAUAGUGGUGGAGGUGGCCAGUUAUAUCGCAGCCUCCUACACCAGCAUCAUCCCCUACAUAUUCCUGUACGGAGUGAAAAAGCUUUCUUGCCCGUGCAAAAGAUAGAAAAGUGUGCGUGACAUUUAGCUUCUAAUCUUGGAUGUAAUGCGUGGUUAUGUAUAUCUGAUCUUCACUGUACUGCUUCUCUAAUCUAAUUCUCAAGAUAUCCUAAAACCUCUAUUGAUCUAUUGUCACUCAUCCACUCAGAAAUGUCCUCCUACGUCAUUUUUUUUUUACUCACAUUAUCUGUUAACCUGUUAUUAAAAAUCUGUCACGAUUGGCCCUUUGAAAAAUAAAAGUAUCCAUCAGUUGUACAAGAAUCUGUAGAAGAGGGAAUGAAAACGUGUGGCUUAAGUGCAAAGCUCUCUGUCUGUUAUGAGCUAAUCUGCUAUCAAUAUGGUUUUAAAUAAUCUCUAGGAUGCGCUGAGAUGUAUUUAAAAAACACAUACAUACAUUUCCUCACUGUGAGGAUUUGCUGCAGGUUUUUUUUUUCUUUGCUAUUUUAAACCAGACAUGGAAUUUAUUUCCAUACAUAUAUUUAUUGAGGAAAUAAGCUUCAGGUUAAUAUAUAUUGAACAUCAUUAUUAGUUGCAGCCCUAAACGUUUUAUCACCUUACAUAUCACCCCUGUUGCUUCUGGUGUGUUUUCUCAAAAGAUGCAAGUUUUUAACUUUACUCUGACAUAAAUGUAAGAACAAAAAUGGGGAAAAGCAGUAUUUUAACUCAUUUUAAACAAAUAAUUAACAUUUAAACCUUAUCCCCUUUGCAUCAUUUAUGUCUGCCAGAGUACAACAUACAUAUGAUAUACUAUAAAUGUGUUAUUUUUGCUUUUUACCUUAUUUCAUACUUUGGCACUUGUUCAGUCUUUCACGUCUCAACUACGAAUGACGGUGUAACUUUAUUUUGACCAAACACAUGAAUCACACUGCAGCACAAAUGUAUUCUAGCUACAUGUUGUGCACAAAGAUGCUUAAACUCACACUAAACAUUUUAAGUGACUCGCUUCAUGGAUUUUUAAUGCAUUUCUUGUUAAAACAGCAUG